AUAUUUAUCUUAAUAAAUAUUUUUUCUAAAUUUUCUCAGUGUUAACAAUUUAAAUUUCUUAAACUUCUAGUAAAAAUGAAUUUGGCAAUUAAAAAUCCAAGUCUAACGAUCUUGAAAGUUUGUCUCAUUUUAUUUUAAAUUAAUGUAACGUCCGAAUUUCCAAAGGAUGAUAAUUUCGUGAUAAAAAUUUAUAAAUUUUAGUGGCAAAAUCGUGCCGUAAUAUAGAAAUUUUAGAUAUAUUCAUAUAUCAAAGCUAGAUUCUAUUAUAUUAAAAAUCUAUAGAAAAUUCAUAUUUUACAAUAUUCGAAAUUCCACGAUGUCAAACGUUUCAUACAAUUUACUGCAAAAUUGUUGUUAACAAUAUAAACUCCAGUCCAACAAUAUUUAAAAUCCGUGCUGCCUUUUCGAAGAUCUACGAGCGUCUCACGAUGUCCAGUCUCAGAUUCCACGAUGUCCAGCCUCAGGUCCCACGAUGUCCAGCCUCAGGUCCCACGAUGUCCAGCCUCAGAUCCCACGAUGUCCAGCCUCAGGUCCCACGAUGUCCAGCCUCAGGUCCCACGAUGUCUAGCCUUAGAUCCCACGAUGUCCAGCCUCAGGUCCCACGAUGUCCAGCCUCAGGUCCCACGAAGUCUAGCCUUAGAUCCCACGAUGUCCAGCCUCAGGUCCCACGAUGUCCAGCCUCAGAUCCCACGAAGUCCAGGCUUCGUAUCUUCAGAAUGUCCAGCCUCAGGUUCCACGAUGUCCAGGCUUCGUAUCUUCAGAAUGUCCAGCCUCAGGUUUCACGAUGUUCAACCUCAGGUUAAACGAUGUCCAGCCUCAGGUCCCAUGAUGUCCGGCCUCAGGUCCCACGAUGUCCAGGCUUCGUAUCUUCAGAAUGUCCAGCCUCAGGUUCCACGAUGUCCAGCCUCAGGUCCCACGAUGUCUAGGCUUCUUAUCUUCAGAAUGUCCAGCCUUCGGUCCACGAUGUCCAGCCUCAGGUCCCACGAUGUCCAGGCUUCGUAUCUUCAGAAUGUCCAGCUUCAGGUUCCACGAUGUCCAGCCUCAGGUUCCACAAUGUCCAGCCUCAGGUCCUACGAUGUCCAGGCUUCGUAUCUUCAGGAGGUCCAGCCUCAGGUUCCACGAUGUCCAGCCUCAGGUCCCACGAUGUCCAGGCUUCGUAUCUUCAGAAUGUCCAGUCUCAGGUUCCACGAAUGUCCAGUCUCAGGUUCCACGAUGUCCAGUCUCAAGUUCCACGAUGUCCAGCCUCAGGUUCCACGAUGUCCAGCCUUCGGUCUACGAUGUCCAGCCUCAGAUCCCACGAUGUCCAGGCUUCGUAUCUUCAGAAUGUCCAGCUUCAGAUUCCACGAUGUCCAGGCUUCGUAUCUUCAGAAUGUCCAGCCUCAGGUUCCACGAUGUCUAGCCUCAGGUUCCACGAUGUCCAGCCUCAGGGUCCCAUGAUGUCCGGCUUUCGGUCCCACGAUGUCCAGCCUCAGGUCCACGAUGUCCAGGCUUCGGUCCACGAUGUCCAGCCUCGGGUCCCACGAUGUCCAGCCUCAGGUUGCACGAUAUCCAGGCUUCACAUUUUCAUGAUGUCGAGGGUUCGUAUCUUCAGGAUGUCCAAACUCCAUUUUUCAUGAUUUUCAAGCUCAAUAAUUUAAUUUUUUCUGAGAUGUAUUUUUACAUAAUAAAAC